AGGAGACACAGAGUAAUGCCAAGCACUAGAGGGAAGGGCAAGCCCGUUAUAAGCUCGAGCAGCGGCUAUUCAACAGCUCGGAGUCGCUCAGGACCCCAGCCGGUAUUCGCACGUGGGUCCCAACCAAGUCCCGUGUUCCGCGCAUCAUUACUCUUCGCGGUGUUGACAACACAGAGUACGAAUAAUCGAGCACGUAAACAAUCAUCGUUCGCGAUGCUGGUGUUCGUGGUACAGAUAAUCGCGACGAUCGUACCCCUAGCUGUAGGAUCGAUAUCCAGAUCGUCGAACUUCGAAUCGAACGAUGACAUUCAUCCGGAGGAAGAUACAGUCAUUAUCGAAGCUGCGGUUGAUCCGGAUCAAUUCGAAAGAGAAGGACGGGGCAUUCUUUGGAACGGAGCCACGACUCGUGAGACCUGUCUAACAUCCAAAGGCGAAGUCGGUCGUUGCACGACCUUCAAGGAAUGCUAUCCAUACUUUAAAAUCCCGGAUCUUGGUGCUUUAGAUGGUUGGGUUCUUGGCGUUUACGACACAUGCAGCUAUAUCCGCGAAGAUGGGAACCCAAGCUUUGGAAUUUGUUGCUCGAAUCUACAGCCCUUCAUCACACCUCGUCCACCGACCGAUAAUUGUGAUGAUUCCAUUGUGCAAAAUCCGCAAAUAGAAGACAGUGAAAAAAAAGGCCAAGAGCCUGGGAUAGCGCGCCCUCAAGCUGCUCCUACUUGGCCACCACCGAUUCCGACACAUCCACCCAAUCACACGAUACCGCCAUUACCAACUCAUCCACCCUCGUCUGAGCUACCCUCGUCUACGCAUUCCACGACCUUGAAACCGAUAACUACGAGCUCAAAAAAACCGGGCGUUGCUACUACAUGGCCAACGAAAAAGCCAACCUGGUGGCCAACCUCAUCGACUAUGACGACUACCAGCAAAUCUCCUUUCUCCAGCAACAAUCUAUCGCAGUGCGGUGCCAAAAAUGGUAAUCAAGACCAAGAGCGAAUAGUUGGUGGGAAAAAUGCUGAUCCAGGCGAGUGGCCGUGGAUCGCCGCGCUUCUUAAUGCUGGUCGCCAAUUUUGUGGCGGAUCACUCAUCGAUAAUCAACACAUACUCACGGCAGCGCAUUGCGUCCUAAAUAUGAAUUCUUGGGACGUCGCGAGAUUAAUAGUACGUCUCGGUGAUUACAAUAUCAAAACGAAUAAUGAGAUUCGUCAUAUUGAAAGACGCGUAAAAAGAGUCGUGAGGCAUAGGGGCUUCAAUUCACGUACACUUUACAAUGACGUCGCAGUUCUCACAUUAAGCGAACCUGUGGAAUUUACGGAACAAAUUCGACCUAUCUGUCUUCCUAGUGGAUCGCAAUUAUAUCAAGGCAAAACGGCGACAGUUAUAGGAUGGGGUUCUUUGAGAGAAAGUGGACCACAACCAGCAAUUUUGCAAGAAGUUUCGAUACCAGUGUGGUCGAAUAGCGAAUGCAAAUUAAAAUAUGGAGCAGCAGCACCAGGUGGAAUUGUGGACAGUUUUUUGUGCGCUGGUCGUGCUGCUAAGGAUUCGUGUUCGGGCGACAGUGGUGGUCCUUUGAUGGUUAACGAUGGGCGUUGGACUCAGAUUGGGAUAGUAAGCUGGGGCAUAGGAUGCGGGAAAGGUCAAUAUCCUGGCGUAUAUACAAGGGUAACGCAUUACGCGUCGUGGAUUGAAAAAAAUCUAAAAUAAAAAAUACACAGGCGUUAUACACAUUUAUCGCUACGUCUCUUUUGCACAGUUGUUGUUUCAUCGACAAAAUAAAUUGCCGAGGAAACGCAGAAUCGAUUCUCGCUUUGGUGAAAAAUGUGAUAAAAGAGCUAAUAUGCCCUAAUAUAAAACUAGAGCUUUAUAGCGGUAUUAAAAUCUUUUAUAAAGUAAUUAUAUCAUUUCCUUUUUAAUUAAUAAAUUUUAAAUUUUGUAUCAUCGUACCAUUUAUG